UAUACCAAAGAAGAAGAAACAAGUGAAGUGACCAACAACAAUUAACACGUUAUCGGUUUUUACUUAGACAUUUAUUCACACCAUGGAACUCAAAAUAUGACAAAUUUAACAGCACAGUAUCACAUAUGUACACCAGGUAGUCUUUCAUUCGCGUUAUUGUCAGGACAUUAUCUAGUUAACGCUAGCUGCUAACGUUAGCUAACAAUGGCUAACUGUAUGGUUUUUCACACUCAAAUAGCCUCCAUCAUGGAGGCGCUAGCGAAUGCAGCCGUGGAAGAGAUCUGUAAACUCGUAGACGACGACUAUGCAGUGUUUCGUUUGGAAAUAACUCGAAGCCAGAAAGAAAAUAGGGGAUUGCGGCGGAAACUACUGGAAUCGAAGGUGGCACGGGAGCGCGCAGAGAGGACAAUGCGAGAGCGCGUCCUCACGAAUCAUCCCUGUAGUGCCAAGAGCCUCGUCCGAUGCAGAGUAAUGGCAAGAGGUGAAGGACAUCUCACUGGAGGCUACAGGAGCUUUGUGAAGCCAGUGGGACACAAUACAUGGAGAGAUGACCAACCAAUCACUGUUGAUGAGGCGAGUAGAACCUCGAUCCAGCAAGUUAUUGUGAUAGAGUCUGCAGAUGCAGAGGCUGCAGGUCCUGGGGUCAAGCUGGAGAGGUCUGAAGGAGAGGAGGACCCACAACACAGCAGAGACAUCCAGACUGGAUUGGCUGGAGUGCCCCCUGUCGCUACGGAGGACCCCACCAUCACCCCAGCGCAGCCUAGGACCCAACGCAGCAUGACGGCGGUCAGUGGAACGCCGAACGCCGUCCUCAAGUCAGAGACAGACACAGAGACUUUAACAGUGCUGGAGCGACUGGGCUGUCCUCCUGCUCCCCGCUCAAAGUAUUUACUUCACGGUAACCUGAGCCCGGUUCUGUCCCAUCAGGACUCAGGUGACGCGUUACAGACUGGCAAUGAUCCAUCCUGUUCAUAUGUUACAGAGAGAGAGAUGAUACCUGGUGACAGGCCUGUGGGCUUAGAUACACAGACUGAUCCAAUGAGAGGGGACUGGAACCAGUACUGUAGUGGUGUAUACUCUGAAGGGCGCCUAGAUAAGAAAGGAGAGGGUCUGGUCAUAGAUGAGGUGAAAGUGGAGGGUGACACUCCUCUGACAUGGAAUGCAGACAAGACUCACUUAGGAGGCCAGCCGCAGGGCAACACUAGUGACUUCUUAGACUACAGGGAAAGCUUACAGACAAAUCCAAAUGUUGCAACUCACUACCCUUUACACACGCUCAGUGAUCGCGACCCAGUGUCCACGUCGAUGGCACCUUCCGAUUCACACGGACACGUCCUUUUCAAUCAGGUAUUGAACUCAAACGACAGGGCUAGAGCGCAGACUCAGGGAGGGGGAGCAACAUCAGGUAAUUGUAAAGAGAAACGGUUCCUCUGCAUGUUCUGUAACAAAGGCUUCCGCUACCCCCAGAAGGUGGAGAUCCACCAGAGGAUCCACACAGGGGAAAAACCCUUCAGCUGUAACCAGUGUCACAUGCGCUUCGCUCAGGCUGGCACCCUGAAGAGACACCAGAGGGUCCACACAGGGGAGAAACCCUUCAGCUGUACCCAGUGUCAAAUGCGCUUCGCCCAGGCUUGCAACCUGAAGAUGCACCUGAAGGUCCACAUGGGAGAAAGGUCUUCUGACGUUUAGAUCAAACCCUGCAUUAAAGACAAAGGUGCAUUUUCAUUGUUGUCAACAUAAAAUAUCCACAGAUGCAUUUGGAAUAACGAGAGUAACAGAUUUCAGUGUUGAAUAUUCCUGGGUAGAAUAUUGCAUCCAGACAUUGUGUGGUAUAUAAGGCAUAUUUAAGUCCAAAACGUCUGUUACAUAGUGUUUGUACUGUGUAGGCUACAGUGAGGGGGAAAAAGUAUUUGAUCCCCUGCUGAUUUUGUACGUUUGCCCACUGACAAAGAAAUGAUCAGUCUAUAAUUUUAAUGAUAGGUUUAUUUAAACAG